GCGCUCCCGCGGCGUGCCAGCCACCCUUCCCUCCGUUUGGGAUCCGUUUCCCACGUCCAGAGCCCAGCAGCGGCGAGCCCUCGGGGCGGGUACAGCGAAGCCUGCGCGGGAGCUUGGGAGGCGGGCCCGCCGUGGUCCCCAGCCGUUUGCUGCUCCACCUCUCGGUCCCGCCAGCCCCCUGGGCGGCCGGUGUAACCACAGCCGAGGCGUCCGACCGGCUGAACAGUGGGACCUUCCGCACCCCUGCCCGUCACGAUAUAUUUUUGCCAUCAUGGAUCGGUUUGAAGAUAUAUCAGAUGGUGAAGUGGACCAUUCUUUCUUUGACAGUGACUUUGAAGAAGCAAAGAAAUGUGAAAAUAGCUUAGUUUUUGAUAAGCAAAAUGAUGACCUUAAAGAGAGAAUAGGUAAAGAUACAGAACAUGUAAACUUAACAUUUGAAAUACAAACAAAGGAAAAUUAUCUUACUGAGAAAGGAAAUGAAAGAAAAGCAAAAAUUCCUCCAAAUGAAACCCCUACGGAAAAUGAUAUACAAUCCAAAAUUUCUUUAUCAUCGACCACUUCUUCUAGAUCAAAAAAAUUAUGUGAUGCUCCAACAGGACGUAAAAUACACUUGCCUAUUCCAAAUAGAAUUCCUAAAAUUGUAAAAGAAGGUGAGGAUGAUGAUUACUAUACAGAUGGAGAGGAAAGCAGUGAUGAUGGGAAAAAACAUGUGAGGUCCAAGUCAGCUAAGCCAUCUAAUAACUUUAAAAAAAGCACAUGUAAAAAGUACUCCAAAAGCAGUUCUUCUUCUUCAUUGUCUUCCUCAUCUUCAAGUUCAGAUACAGAUUGCUCAGAUACAGGAUCUGAUAUCCACAAAUCUGACACAUAUUCGUCAUCAAGGAAACAUGUAUCUGGUGUGACCCUCUUGUCACCAAAACAGAAAUAUAAAUCAAAAAUAAAAUCGACAGGAAUACAGGCUUCAAGUCCUAAGCCAAAAAUGGGAGACUCUAUUGAGGAAUCUGAAGAUACUGUGACAGAUGUAACUCCUUUGUCAACUCCAGACAUCAGCCCUGUACAGUCUUUUGAGCUGGGCACAUCAAAUGACCAAAAAGUAAAAGUUAAAAGGCAGGAAAAUGUGAGUCAAGAAGCAUAUGAAGAUGAGGUAUUUAAAAAGGAUGUAAAAUAUUUAAAAGCAGCCAAGAAAGGGAAAGAAAAACAUGGGCCCAAUCUUGCUCCAAAGUCACCAGCAUUAGAUUUCAAUUUAGACCAAAGACACAAGCAGAAAGCCUUACAUGACACAAUGGAUCUGAAUAAUCUUUUGAAAGCCUUUCUGCAAUUAGAUAAAAAGGGACCACAAAAACAUCACAUUGAGCAGCCUUCAGUAGUACCUAGGAAAAACUACUCUUUCACGAGAGAAGAGGUGAGACAGAUUGAUCGGGAAAAUCAGAGGCUUUUGAAAGAACUAUCAAGACAGGCUGAGAAACCAGGAAGCAAAAGUAUUCCCGGAAGAUCACUUGGUCAUCCCCCUAAGUUAUAUCAUAGUGCUCUCAACAGACAGAGGGAACAACAAAGGAUUGAAAGAGAAAAUUUGGCUUUAUUGAAGAGGCUUGAAGCUGUGAAACCAACAGUUGGUAUGAAGCGCUCAGAACAGCUGACAGAUUACCAUCGCAACAUGGGCUAUCUCAACCCAGUGCCUUCCUCAAGACGAGUGAAGUCUACUCUUAGCCAGUACAGCCCGCUAAGAGGAGCUUCUAGGACAUCCAGUGCUACCAGCGGUCUCAGUUGUAAAACUGAGCGAUCAGUUUUUGACACAUCCAGUGGCUUGCUGCCAAGACCUAAACCCCCUAAUGUCCGCACUGCUUGGUUAUAAACCUGUUUUUACUCUGUGCAUUGUUCAUCCAAGUUUUACUGAUGUGCUCUUGUAUGUUGCUGUAAUUCUCUGUGUAAACAUCUGUAAUACUUUUUUAGCCAUUUAUACAACAGCUAUAAUUUAUUACUCAGUGCAAAAUUGUUGUCAAAAGACAAUUUAAUACAAAAUCAGUGUUUCCUAUGAUGAUGUAUUUUUGUGAGAUACAUGUAUUUAAUAGAGAAAUAGUUGUAUGCAUGUAUAUUUUCUCAUAGAAAUUGACUCAUUUGUCAUGCUGCCACAGUAGUAAUAGUACCAUUGCAUGCUGAGCCCAAAAUGCUGUCUGCUUCUCCUUAUUUUCAUUUCUUGUAAGCUUUAAGCUGUAAGCUCACCUCCUAAAUUUGACUUUGUUCUCUAUUUGCUUUCAAACAAAAAGUGAGUGGUGUGAGUAAUUUGAUUGUAUGAGUGCUACACUUCUUACUGUGAAACAGAUCUUGAAAUUUGUUUUCUGAUUUAGAUUUGAUGAGAGCAUCUUGUAUAGGGCAGUCCUUAUAAUUUACCAGAGGAGUCUAGUAGGUCUGUGUAAGAGUUAGGUUUCAAAAUUUUGAUCAGCCAUUCCAAACCAUUUCAAAGUCAACUUAGAGGUUCUUUUGUGUUUUUAUACAUUCAAGUAAAGUAUAUUAAUGUUUCUGAGGAAAGGAAAGAAGAAGGUGAGCUUUAGAGUUGCGGUGUCCCGCCUGCAGCAAGUUUGUUCACAGAUAAGAAUCAGUUGCAUAGAAGCAGAAACAAGUACAUGUUGAAUCAGUAAAUAGUACCACAAAUUCAAAGAGCCAAGAAGCAGAUCUGAGGUGUAUGAGAACAGUAUUUUAAGUAAUACUGUUAGCAUUGUUGUGCUGAGAUGUGGUGUUUAUUGGUAUUGAGAGAAGGUUUAGAACAAGAAAAGAAUGCUGCAGAAAUAACUGCUGUUGUCCAUAGGAUCUGAUAAAGACCAGCAAGGUAUGAACAAUAGGAAAAAUAAAUUGCAUAUUGGUUGAAGCUACUGCUUUAAAUGUUAGCAGAUUUUCUUGUUUUAGUUUCAUUUGAUUGAAUCCUCGAUACAUAGUUUUUACCAGUCUCACAUUUAAAGGUCUAGUAAUCUUGAUGGGAUUCCUAGUUUACUACAGUUGACUUUUGAAAUUAGAAUUUUUUUCUGUCAAUUUUUAGUCUUACUUCAUAGAACAAAAUGUUACCACCAAUGAAACGUAUCAUAGUUAUCACAGCUAUUCAUUACUGGUCUUGCCAGUGUAUCCUUAGAAUGUAUAGAAAAGUUUUCAUAGUCAGUGACAAAUCUUCAUUUUUUUAAAUUUUCUCUAGCCACAGUAAGAUUUGUUUUUUAUUUUUCCAUGCUCAAGCUCUAUAGUAUAUGUAUACUGCUUUCCUUAGCACCUUUAGCAGGAAGGCAUACUACAUUUUACUAAGCAUCAAUUUACAAUUUCUUGAUCUUUGUGUAUUCAUAGAUUUCGUUUAGGAUGGGGCAGUAAAGCAUGGGAACAGUGGAGUUUAAAAAAUCAUGAGAACACACCCUGGCUCUGAGGUUUUCCUGCUUCUCUCUUUGGGCUAUGAUAUUCGUCUGUGUACUUUAUGAUUUGUUCUGGUGAACAAGUUUUUAUACCUGCUUUACUUAUGAACUUUAGCCAUACUAAACCAAGGUUUUAUUUUGUUUUAUCUUGUUUUUAAUUUAUUGUACUUUUAGUGUUUGUGUAGCAAUGUAUCUUUAAGGAGAAAUAAGAUAAUGCUGAAUUUAAAAUCUCAACUUUUGGACACUUGCCUAAUUGUAAGUUAGUCAGUUAAAAUUCUAAAAAGAAUUUUUGUUGAGGCAAAAAAAAUACAUACAUAAAACUGGUAUGCUCAUAAUUGUGUUAGUCUCUGAGUACAUUUUAUAUGGUCUGUGUUGCCAGGAGUCAGGAUACAACAUAUAGUUUCAUAGAUAAAACUGUACUUUGGUUUUAGAUACUGAUUUAAUGCCCUUAGUUUUGACUGCUUUGAAAGGAGAAGUUUGUCUUAAGUAUUACUAAUAACAGAGAUUCAACUUGAAGUAAAACUUCAGAAAAGAAACAGUCUUUUAAACAGAAUUUAUAGUUUUGUUGUCAUGGUAGCUUAUAUAUGAUGAAUAUAAGUAGAUGGAUAGGAAUCAGAAACAUGGUAUUCUCUGAUAGAAGUCAUGGUCCUUUGAAAUUAUUAGGCUUAAGGAGCAUUUUUUAAUGCAAAUCAUAAGUACAGUGCUCUUCAUUUUCAAGAACAUAAAAAAUGAAGAAUAUAACACUUCUAUGUGGUUGAUUUGUAUAUAAUAUACAUACUUCGAAGAUUUAUAUCUAUAAUUAGAAAGUAUACUGAUCUGAAGUUUAGUUAUUUGACCAGAUUCUUACUAAGAAUUAUUUAAUUUCUGUCAAAUGUUAAACUGUUGUUGCCUCCUUUUUUAGUAAGUUUCUGUGAAAGAUUUUAAGCUGUUAAAAUUAUUUCUUAAGGGGUAGCUAUUAUCUCAUACUUCGCCUGCCUCCUUUUCAAUCUACAUGAAAAACUCUUUCUUAGUUACUAUUUUAAAUAAAGUUUUCUGGUUUGCUUCUGAAUGUAGUGAGUGUCAUGUAGUCGUUCUGACAAGCCGUUGCCCGAAGUGUCCAAAAUGGACAUCUAGACAGCUUUACAAAGGUGACAUGAUAGGUGUGACUGUGUGCUUCUCAUCUUCACAUUCAGGUACUACAACUGUGAAAAGUAUUAAGACCAGCACAAAGUUGAAUAUGUGAGUUUAAUAACUCAUCAAAAGUUUAAUAUCCUAAAUGCCAAAGUCUUAACCUUUAAGUGAUUGUGUAUCAUCUUUUAAAAUGUGCUUGAUGCUAAUGGCUAAUUUAUUUCCAUGGAUAAAGAUUAGUAAGAAACUUGAAAACCAUCUGUUUAAACUUUUCUAGUCCAUUGUAAUGUGUUUUAGGCAUAAAGAACUAGCUUGGCCUAG